CUUCCGUCGCCUUUUGUUUGUCGGAAACAUCGCGAGAUCAGCUGACCUACGCUCUGCUACUUCCUCAAAAUGUAAACAUUACCUUUUGUCAGUCAUACAUUUCACGGAACUGCAAGCGAUGACUGGCGUGGAGAGGAUUGCACACAGUUCUUGGUCGUCAGAAUGCGGCAUUACCUCCAGGAGUUCUUGAGUAAAAACAGUACUUGACCGAAUUAAGUGUUUCUCAGAGGUGUUGGAAUGGGUUGUAUCCCUCUGUGGUACAAAUGGAGAAUAAAGAGAGUGACGAGGUGGAAAAAAUGAAGACCAAGUUCUUGUCCGUGUGGCACAAUGUUAAGUACAGUUGGGCUCUGAAGUCAAAGACCUCAUUUAGCCGAAAUUCCCCUGUGGUUCUUCUUGGAAAGUGUUACCAUUUUAAGGCUGAUGAUGAUGACGAUGUCUCACAAGCCUGCUUGGAUGUGACAGAUAAGGACUCCGUUAUGGGAAAUAUAGAGGAUUUCCGGAGGGAUUUUGGAUCUCGUGUAUGGCUAACUUAUAGAGAAGAGUUCUCCCCUCUGCCUGGCUCUGUUCUAACAUCCGACUGUGGCUGGGGCUGCAUGCUUCGGGCUGGACAGAUGAUGUUGGCUCAAGCACUUAUUCUGCACUUCUUGGGCAGAGAUUGGAUGUGGUCAGAGGCACUACAGCUGCAGCGUUUGGAUGCUGAGACAUGGACCACCACUGCAGCCAAGCGCCUGGUCGAAUCCCUGGGAGCCUCGCUCCAGGGCACCUUCAACAGGCCUUCUAAUCCUGAAUCAUCAUCCAUGUAUGAGGCUCACGCUUCACGGUCAGCAGAAGAGGCAGAUGCCAAUUUAAAAGAAAUGUACCACCGGACACUGGUUUCAUGGUUUGGGGACAACGCCUUUGCUCACCUGGGUCUGCACAGACUGGUGCUUUUAGGCCUGACAUUUGGGAAACAGGCUGGGGACUGGUAUGGACCUGCUGCCGUAGCGCACAUUCUCAAGAAGGCCAUGGAUGAAGUGAAGGACUCCCCCUUAGCUGGUUUAACUGCUUAUGUCUCACAGGAUUGUACAGUGUAUAGCGGUGAUGUGAUUGAGAGCCAUAAUGCAUCCAAAGCUGGGUGGCUGUCGGCUGGUAAAUCAGAGGAACCCCCCCCUCACCAAAACAACCAAUCAGCAUCUGCGUUCACCCUGCCAGACAGUCAAGCUGUUGUCAUUCUCAUCCCCGUUCGACUGGGAGGGGAAAAGAUCAACCCUGAGUAUUUCAACUUUGCAAAGAGAAUACUAAGUCUGGAGUACUGCGUUGGCAUCAUUGGAGGCAAGCCCAAGCAAGCCUGCUACUUUGUUGGAUUUCAAGAUGACAGCUUGAUUUACUUGGAUCCUCAUUACUGUCAGUCUUUUGUGGAUGUCAGCACCAGCGAUUUCCCUCUGCAGUCCUAUCACUGUCCCUCACCAAAGAAGAUGCCUUUCACUAGAAUGGAUCCAAGCUGCACCAUAGGAUUUUACUCCAGAAGUGUCCAAGACUAUGAGAAAAUCAGCCAAGAGCUGUCUCAGGUGCUGCAGCCAUCAGCAAGUGACAAAUACCCAGCGUUCACUAUUGUGCAAGGUCAUGGUAGAGAUUACGACCUGUCGACCAGCCUGACCCAAGAAAAGAGAGAAUGGCCCUUCAUCCGUGACCCAAGGAGGACAAUCACUACUGCUGGGGACUUUGUGCUUCUUUGACAGCACACUUUUAUAUCAGUGAACAUGGAACCUGCACUCAAGGCUUGUCUUCGACAGAUGUGACAUUAAACCAUUUAAAACUGGAUAUCCUUCUUCUCACUGAUUGGUGAACAGUAGGAUUUCAACGGUGUAAUUUUGCUAAAAUACUUUGGUUUGUCAAAGGACAUUUUUAGAGCUCUGCUGAAUUAACUGAUGUGUUUUAUACUAAAACAAAGCAGAGGAUUAUAGUUGAAGUGCACAUAUUUUAUUUUUUUCCAGAAGACAUUUCACAGUUAUGAUAGGAGAACUAGUUCAGUACCUUCACAGUUAGAGCAGCAUGUAAAGUACAGAAAAUUAAGUUUCAGUCCCUACAGUAUUUAUAUAACUUGUUUUUCAUGAUUUGUACCGUACUGAAAGGAAUAUGAUGCAUAAGGGUUGAGUGAUGUCAAUUAACCUUUACAAGUCCACUUCAAAAAUAUCUCAGCAAAUAUGAUGCACAUUUCCUGCCAUAAGAAAACAAUUCACCAUAUUUGGAGGGCAAGCCCUUCAUUUUUGUAGUGUGUUACACUGGAGCUUUCUUAUAUGCUAUUUUGCAUUUGCAUUAUUUAGAUAUGUGAUAGGUUUAGUUCAGAAAUGUCAAAUAAAUACUUU